AUGGCUCCAGGCAACGCGCCAACACAAACUGUCGGACCGGGCUUCAAGUCGCAAGCUGAGAAGCCACAGGCCACUGUCUCGGUUCAGGUCCCUUUUGACAAUGUCCGCAUCCUCCCCCAGUCGCCGCAGCUCAUUGCCCUGCUGUCCAUGAUCCGUUCCAAGGACACUGAAAGGGCAGACUUUAUAUUCUACUCUAACCGCAUCAUUCGGCUCCUGGUUGAAGAGGGCUUGAACCAUCUUCCUGUGAUGGAACAUACUGUCACUACACCAAUCGGCUCGACAUACAAUGGCCUCAUGUUCCAAGGCAAGAUUUGCGGCGUCAGCAUCAUGCGGGCUGGAGAGGCCAUGGAGCAGGGCCUCCGCGACUGCUGUCGAUCUGUGCGGAUAGGCAAGAUCCUGAUCCAGCGGGAUGAGGAGACGGCCCAGCCCAAGUUGUUCUAUGACAAACUUCCCGAGGACAUUGCUGAGCGAUGGGUCCUGCUGCUAGACCCCAUGUUCGCCACUGGCGGUUCCGCGAUCAUGGCCGUAGAGGUACUCAAGUCUAGAGGCGUCCCGGAGGACCACAUUCUGUUCCUCAAUCUGAUCGCCAGCCCGGAGGGCGUCAAGAACUUCGCGACCAAGUUCCCCAAGUUGAAGGUCGUCACAGCCUUCAUUGACGAAGGGUUGGAUGACAAGAAUUACAUCGUACCAGGGCUCGGCGAUUUCGGCGAUAGAUUCUAUACCAUAUGA